UGACCUAAGCACAAGCUUGAAAUGAAUAGCUGGGAAUUUUCUCUCUGCUUUCAACUCCUCUAUCUUGCUCAGCCUUUCAAAGCGCUCUCGAUUAACUUUUACCUCCGUGUUUUACCGCGUAGGGUGACUCACCGCCGUUCUCACACGCAGGCCCAGCAGGUCACCCACCAGCACUGUUCAGCCAGAGCUGUGUUCCAGCACUCAGGAGAUGAAUACAUCUCAACCUGAAAAAUGACAUACUUUAAAGGCAUUAUGGAGCAAGACUGAAUGCGCACCCACUGAAAGUGACUAAAUGAAGAUUUUCGGAGAGAACGACGGAACAGCAGAAGAAUCCCCAAGAGGUGGGCAGGAUAAGAGAUCGGACCUGCCCGAAGAAAGCAGAACCAUGGAGAACAGAGUUCCCCUGGACCAGCAGACCAGGGAGAUGGAGCUGUGCCAGAUCGCCGCUGACGGGGAAGAGAUGCCCGACAGGCCGGGUGAGUCGGAGAUGGAGGAGAAGACGUUUGUGGCUAGCCUCUACCGCUUCAUGGAAGAGAGGAACACACCCAUAGAGAGGAUACCUCACCUGGGAUUUAAGCAGAUUAACCUCUGGAAGAUCUACAAGGCGGUGGGCAAGCUGGGUGGAUAUGACUCUGUGACUGCCCGGCGGCUGUGGAAGAACGUGUAUGAUGAGUUGGGGGGGAGCCCAGGCAGCACAAGUGCUGCUACCUGCACCCGCAGACACUAUGAAAGGCUGGUGCUGCCCUUUGAGAGACAUCUGAGAGGCGAGGAGGACAAACCACUGCCUCCGGCAAAACCACGCAAGCAGUACAAGAAGAGCCCUGAAGGUAAGGGCAGCAAGACAGAGACCAAGAAGAGGAAGAGCCAGCAGGAGAGAGAGCCACCACUGGGAGCUGAGGAGAAGCCAGAGGAUGGGGUCCACUGCGAGAUGGGAAGGUGUAUGCACUCUUCUUCCUGGCCUCUCCCCGCUGAGCGGCCACAGUCCGACCGCUGCAGGUCUCCUGUUGGGGCCACCACGGGAAAGGAACUCCAAGCUGCAGCCUGCACAGCUUCCCAGACCCCUGGUGGGCUGCUUCACAGUGGCCAGCCUUUGGGUGCUCAGGUGAUCUCGCCUCUGGAGAAGAAGAAGCGCGUGGCUCAGGCCAGCCUUGGCCUCUCCAAGCUCCGGCAGAGCCCUGAGAAAGACAGCAGAGAGCGGCCCUCAGUGAUCCACUGCGCCCAAUCCCCGGGGCAGCCCCCUUCUCGCAGAGCCCACGACUCCUCUGAAGGAUCCCCGGUGCCCCGGUCAUCCCCCUCCUCGUCUCGCAGCUCAUCCCCCUGCUCUAUAUCCUCUGACGAUUGCCAGGAGGUCAGCACUUCUGGUCCAGAUCCAACAGCACAGGCUGCACCUGCCUACGUGGGCAACUUCACUUCGGUGCCAUACAGCGGUGGAGUUUGCAAGCCCCUGGGCUGCUACCCCAGUGUCAAAGAUGCGGACGGCUACCUCAGACAUCACAGGGACUUUCAGCAAGUUGACCCAGCUGGGGUCAAAGGGCAGAGACCUGAUUCAGCCUGGAGCCCAGGUUGCAAGCAGGAGGACCGGCCCUCUGGCCUCAAAGCCCAUCAGGUCCCUUCCUCCAGUUCUACCUCUGCAGGGUUCAGAACCUACUGGGUUCCAUCCGUGUCAGGUGUCACCAAGACCUUCCCAAAUCUGGUGCGCUCGGGCGCUUUUCAGCCGAGCUACAAAAUGAACCAGAUCCUGAAGAGGCCUGCCCCAGAGGAGAUGGCUACGUAUACGAAGAAACUGCAACUGGUACACCCGCUGCACCAGGGAGAACUGAAAGAGAAGUUAAAACCGGGGCUCCUGAAGCCACUUCCUAUUCAACAUUCGUUGUUCCAUGCCGGCAUGCCGAUUCCCUACCUCGUUUCCCCGUACGAUAAGAUUAGGCCAACCUCAGGCCACCAGCUGAAAGGCCUCUCGCUACAAUCCGUCCUCCUGCCUUCCCACUUGACGCUGCCCGCAGCCCCCCAGCCGAACUCGAUUUAUCGCCACGUGGCUGCCGGUGCGACCUACCCUCUCCCAUUCGAGCCGGUCCCCCGGCCCUGUCCUUACCCGUUUCCGGUUUGGCCGCCUCCCACGUCGUACACCGUUAGUGGCCUACACGCACAGUACCCGAACACUAAGCUGUGACAUGGACAUUUAUGUGAUGUGAAUGUUGUGAAUUGCCAGUAAAGUGGCUGGAGAAAAGGAAAACUCCAGUGACAAGGAAGCACGACUGCAUGUGUGAAGUUUUCUGAUGAAGGAUAAGGGACUGGUGGUAGGGAGAUGGGAAUUUUGGGCAUUUUGCUCCCUUUUUGUGUGCCUUCAUGCUGUCGUGUUAAAGCACGGGCCUCCACUGCAUCGAAACAAGGUCUCCACCUCCUUGUCCACAAGAUUAAUCCUCUGCCUCUCUGAAGGUGUUUCACAUGGAGAAGCGGAGGCUCGCCUCUACUAGCACUGACCAGUAUUAUCUUCUCAACAGCGGUCUCGCCAUUUGUGCGUUGACAUCACCGCAAGCACAGGUGUCAUUUCAGGGCCCUGGUCCCAGAAGGGCAGAAGUACCAGGUCUGAGUGGUAGACCAACACACCUGGUAAAGCGCGUACCUCAGCGUAUAGUUCACUUUUUUGGAUAGUUCGGUCCUUUAUCGGAAACGUUCAAUGUGUUAUGUUUUCGCUUUCCUUUCAGCAAGCUGUGGCUUUCAGUUACCAUGUGGGGAAACGGCAGCUUAAACUACGGUAUAAACUACAAAUUACGUACAGCGGUUGUCAUUCGGUAUCCCUCGUAUACAUCAGUCUCCAGUAUUGAGUGAGGUAUUAUUUUGUGUUUGUGGCCACUUAUUCCCUGCAGUGGGCACCCCAAGUGUUGUGGAUGGCCCAAAGGUCAGUCAUUUACUUCACCCAUGUCAACCCCAUACACUACAGUACAUCAUCUUUUUGUUCUGUCCAAACGUCGGUAGGAUUACGGUACACACUGAAUAGAGAACUAAUAUUAGGAAGCUCUGAAAUUCACACGCGUUCAUGUCCGAACAUCUAGUUUCCCUGUGCACAUUACUCCCGCUUUGCAGAGGAACAGAGAACCCAAAUAUAAAUGAUUACUGGGCAAAUAAAUACCACAUCCUGUUUAGAGUACCAGUGUAUUCCUCAUUUGGAGUGAGAUAUCUGCGUAUUUCCAAAUGCGAUGAGGCUUUCAGCUGAAAUUCUUCAGUAGCGGAUGACAAAUUGAAAUCUGUUCCUCAUCAAUUAUUGCACAACCCGCUUGACACAGCGACGUUAGAAAAAAAAUGUCGCAAUGAUAUUUUCUUGUGAAUUGCUGUCAGGAUGUAUCUUCACUGAAAAACCACACGUCAUAUGGUUACCUCUGUAUUCAUGAGUGCCAUCAUAUUAUAGAUACAGAUCUGGUUUCACUUCUUUGCUCAAAUGUGAGAAGCUUCUGUUGUUGUUCCUUCUCGGUGAUAUUGUUUUGGAAUCCCUUUUAAAGAAAACAUUGUUACCGCUGGGUUUCAGUGACAUGUGUUUGUGAAUGUGACGGUGGAAAUUUCAAACGGACUGUUUCUCACUGUACCAUUCGUGAAGGUCAAAGAUGUGGAAGCAUGAAUGGCUGGAUCCUUGUCACCGCUCCCCCCUGUGGCAGCACGAGGAAUGACGGUGUGUUUCGGCUGCUGUCUCAGGUGCUUUAUUUGUGGAAGACUACAUGUGUCCCCUGGACUCGAAACAGCGCUCCCUUACACUCACCACGUUACGCUCAUUACUGGGGAGUUUUUUUUAGUUUGGUUUUUUGUUUAC